UUGCUGACUACUCCAGUUUUCCAUCAAAUUUGUACUAUCGCAGAUGCUGAACGACAUCGCACAGCGCCUCAAGAUGUCAGUCUACUGCAAUCAGAUCAGCGGGACGAGCUUCUUCGUUUCUUUCGAGUGCCCAACUUGGUCAUAAUACUGUGGGGAAACCAACAACAAACUUUUGACAACUUCUACACAUUUUCACACUUAUAUGUAUUUUAAAUUAAAGAUCUCAUAAAGAUAUUUUAAUCGAACCGAACAGCCAUUAAUUGAUUAUCCAGCUAAAUCAUGUCAAAUAAAAAGCAUUACCAUACACUUGAUGACCGCAACGGAUUUUCUAACUUACGAUGCUGUCAGUUUAAAUCACAGCAUCAAGCAGGCUGCGUACGUACGCAGCCAUCGUGGGGUGAUGUUCAGUUGAAGGUCCAGUUUAAAAAAUAUGAAUAGAAUUCAAUCAGAACAAAGUAGGCUUGAAAUAAAAUGACGGAUUCUGGGCCAUUAAAAAUCGGUAGGUAUUGGUGAAAAUUGGCGAGAAUCAUUCAUCUUAGCAGUGAGCAGUCCUUUUCAUCCAAUUAUGUAAGCAAUUAAGUCUAUUAUGGCUGCAUGGAGCUCACAGCACAACGUGAAUUCUUGUGGCUAGGUUAAACCAUCGUAUCGUACUGUUCGUAAGUUAAUCCUUCUACGCCAUAUUUCAGUUUAUUUCGUUCGUUCCUUUUCAUUUAUUUGAUGUUUUAAACAGUUUAAUGAAAAAUUAUUGCCCGUGAUAGCAGCUCUGGUCACGAAUAAUUAGGCAAUCAUAAUGAAAUUGCCACUGAAACCCUAUAAACUAUAAACGGUAUAAUUACUAGACAAUUUGAAACAAAAUCGUUAAGCAAAUUAAGUUUUCCAGUUUAGUGUGCUUGAAAACGGCCUUUGUUCAACAUGUUCCGCAAGAUAGAUCGAAUAUCCUUUGCAAUUCUCACCUUUUUCAGUGUUCGUGCACAGGCCGAUCGACAAGAGCAAGUAAUAGAUUAUCUAACCAAUAUCACCCACAAUCUUCAGAUCCAACAUUCUGGAGUAUAUAACUGUUGGCUACUCCAUUUUUCCAACAAAUCUGUACUAUCACCGAUGCUGGACAACAUCGCACAGCGCCUGAAUAAUCAAGAUGUCAGUCUACUGCAAUCAAAUCAUCGAGGUCAGCAUGUUCGUAUAUUCCGAGAGCCCAACUUGGUCAUAAUACUGUGGGGAAACCAACAACAAACAUUUGACAACUUCUACACCAGUCAGUGGAUAGUGAACAUACCGCCCGAAUGUCCCACCAUUGUCCUGUUCGAGCUUGAUGAAACAGAGACUGAUCAGCCAAGGAAAAUUGGAGAUUAUUUCCAAACGAGGUCGGUGUUAUACUUCGCAUUGAUCGCAAUCAACAAGGACGCCGUGUACUGCUUUCGUUAUCAACCGUUACGCAUCACGAGUCACUCCGGCCUCCCCACGCUCGAUCAACUGUUCUUCGACCGGCUACAGACGAUGCAGUUCAAAACGUUAGUGGCCGGAUACGUUAAGGAUUACUACACAUCCAUUUACUGUGAAAAGCUGCCUGGCGAGGACAUUAGGUUGUUUCUUCUGUUUGCUGAAACGCAACAACUUACAUUUCAUUUACAGCAGCUUCGAUGCAACAGCAAUGAAGCUCUGGCCCAGUGUUUAUCUCGGUAUAAUCCGAUACAUUUGAUGCUAAAUCGAUUUUAUAUGGCGCAAUACAAUAAAUUCAUUGUAAGUGGGGUAGCCAUGGAACAGUUCGCUAUUGCCACACCGAAGGGACGCUUGCUGACUGUGUGGGAAAUUAUGAUCAAACCUUUUCAGCAUUCUGCCUGGGGCAUGAUACUGGGCAUCCUUGUUACCUACCAGAUAAUCCAUCAACUGAAGCCAACACUUUUCUCCAACAAUCUGCUAGCUUUGGCACUCUUUGGUUUUGAUAAGCGUCAGCUAGUGCUUUCCAAAAGCUUCGAGAAAAUAACCGCCUGUGCAUUGAUCGUGCUAUUUUUCCAACUCAAGUGUGCGUACGAGGCAAAGCUUGUAUCGUACAUCACCGAAGCGCCACGAGUCCCAGACGCCAAGUCGGUUGAAGACUUGCGCGAACGCAACAUCACCGUACAUUACAGAAACUUCAAUAUUACGUUAGUGCAUAAACUGAACGGUAUGGUCCAGUUCUACGGCAAAAAUCAAUUCGAAUUCGAUGGAAUAACGAUUGUGGAAAAUCGUGCUGCUCUCAUGAUGGAAAAGCUGUUUGCUGAUAAAAUGAAAGGGUACGGAAUGCAAUACACACUACUGAGCGAGAAUGUGUACGAGGCUAUUCCGUUUUAUGUAUUUGGCGCUAAGUCACCGCUGGUAAGGCGCUUUCAAAAAUUUCAACAGCGCGUCUUUGAAGCCGGUAUGCAGCAGCGCUGGCGUCGAGAGUAUUACAAUUGCUUUCUCUGGUAUAUUAAUAGCGGCAAACAUCAAUAUGAUAUUUACGAUGGAUCAUCCGCUAUCAUUAGCUAUAGGCAUCUUAAGCCACUGAUGCUGUUUUUCUUAGCUCAAUGGGCAAUUGCAAUAAUCGUUUUUGGGAUCGAGAUAUUGGUGGAAGCAUUAAAACGAUCGCAGAACAAGUAGCAAGGAGCAUGACAUGUUACACGCCGCAUCACCAUUGUAGUAAACUUUACAAGAUACAACUUCAUGUACGAUACAGCGUGUAAAACAUUUAAACAUCUACAAAUUGGAACGCACUUCGAGAAGCUAAGCCACUGGGCGACUUCGGUUACGUAAUAUGACCUAUUUUGUUGUUUUCUGGAGCUCAUGGAACAGCUUACAAACAUAUAGUAUUGUUGAAUAUAGGCUUUCUGAUAUCAAUAAAUAAUUGCUCUUGUACUGUAAAGCGUUUUACCUGUUCUGUAGCCUACAGAAGUGCUCUCCAACCUUUCUAGGAUCGCGGACCACUUGGCUUAGAAAAUACAAUUGCGCGCGGCCCACAUCGAUUGAGGGCAUACAUUUUGUAGACUUAGUUCGAAGUUUUUGAUCAAAAAUAUCUUUAAAUCUUAUUCCAGAUGUGCUUGUUGAAAAUGUAAGCUUAAUUGUGGAAAAAACUGCACGAUAGUAAUAGGAAUUAGCUUAUGUUUUUCAAAAAUAAAUUCUUUCGCGGCCCACAGGUAGGAGCCCACUGACCUGCAGGAAUGUAGAAAGGAAUGACGUGAAUCCUACGAAGGAAAUUAAGAAUUUCAAUAUCAUAAAAUAGCCUACUUAAACCUGAUUAAACCAGCUUAAUCACACCACCAUUCGUCUGCGUUCACAAUUGAUUCAUAAAAUCCCGGCAGAGCUUCCUAAGAACAUUCCUACGCUCGACAAGCCAUUACCACUUAUAUUCAUUAUUUUCUUUCUUAGCGAAUGCACGACAAAGCACAAAUUCUUUGAUAUUUCUCCCAUGCAGCGCAUGAAAAUGAUUAACGCGUUUAUUACAUUCUACGUUCCUUCCUACAUCCAAGUUGCAUAUGGAUUACGACUCCGAACGACACGAACAAAGAACUUGUACGAUUACCGUGGGUUUUUCUCGGUCACCCGAUGUUUAAGUAUCAGAGUGCGAUUGGCAAUGCAUAUCACAUGUUAACAUCCGAAAUUUGAGUGGUUGUUUAAUUUAACACGAAACUUCCUACUACAACGGACUGCCUCAAUGAUUUAGGCUUUGAAUAAUAUCCGAAAUUUUAGUGGUUGUUUGAGCGAAUUAGAAUAGAGGGGUGUCACUUUCGCCGCACAGUUUGCAUGAUGGAGCUGACGCUGUAUAGCCGCAUCGCAUCCACAAUGGCACUGAUGCUAUAGUGACAUACCUAAUCCACAAUGGCGUUAAUGCAAUUGCUGGUCACUAUCCGCUAAGGGGCUGAUGCUGUAUCAGUUUACCUUAUUCACAAUGGUGCAAGGUUUUAUACUAGAUGUUACAUCCGAAAUUUUAGUGGUUGUUUAAAAGAUCUUUUCAGCCAGGAUGGCUUUCCAUGCCAUCGGCCUGAAAAAAGAAGAGCUGCUGAGACUUAGUGCUGAAAAAGCCGAAUAGUCGGUCUUUUACUGCAUCUCUUUCGCUCUCCCGAUUGCGAUCCACUCCUAUGUGGAAAUCGCGAUGAUUUAUACCCACACACACUGAUGCGCAUGUAUGAAUAUAAAGUGCUGUGGUGUUGGUGAAGUCGUUAACCAUGGUCUUCACACCGCGUACCGGCGUGUCUCCGCCGCCAGCUUCUAAUACCGGGAACAUGAGCCGCUUCAGCACGAGCAGAGACAAGCCACGCGGUUGCGACGCACGUUGAUGGGGAAUAAGGCGACGCGAUGGGUCGUUUCCUUACGGUGGUCCAUGCUGAACACGCCAAUUAGAACGGCGAU